ACAUUGGGAGGCGGUGGCUGUGUAUUUGAGUUUUUUUUUUUUUUUCUAAACAACUAGCCGUCAUUUGCGUUUCCAUGCAGCGCUCUGGAAGGUAUGGAGGAGAACGGGAAGCCUCCGUCCUAAUGUCCUCCAGUCAAAGGAGCUCAUUAGUCCAAUUUCGGUGGCUCAUGCACACUGCCUCCCUGCAGCCGUCAUGCCUUAUGGAAUAUUUAUUAACUGCCUAUGACAUUCCAAGAAGAAUAAAUGUUUACAGUAAUAGUCCUUUUUGAAGAAAUUAGCCUCUUUACACAUCUUUAGGUAAAAAUUUUUUUUGUGGAAGAAACACCACUAUAUUUUUGGGUGUGUUUUCCAAUUCUUCUUUUCUUUUUCUUUUUUAUUUCUAUCUCUUUUACAAGAGGCUGAUCAUCUAUCAUGAGAUUCCGAAUCUACAAGAGGAAGGUGGUGAUACUGACUCUGGUGGUUGUUAUCUGUGGCCUAGCUUUCUGGAGCAGUGGAAGGCAAAAAAAGAACAUAAGUCUUCAAUUCCCUAAAGAGUUCCCCAAGGAGUUUGAGGCGGUGAAGAGGAGCAGCAGUAGCAGUAGUGAUCACAUUCAGGUGCCAGCCUCUCCAGUAGUAGUUAGCCGGCCACCUGUUCCGCCACCUGUUAUCCAAGUGAAUGGCACGCACCUGGAAAAUGCAAUGGAUAAAGCCAAACUAAACAAGCCAGAAGUGGACAACACCACACUCGUCUAUCGCGGCAUCGUCUUCCAGCUGAAUUUUGAUCAGACGAUAAGGAAUGAAGAGAAGUAUAAGAGUCGGGGGAAAGAUGAUCUGGUUGUUGUGGUUCAGGUCCACAACAGACCCGACUACCUAAAGCUGCUGGUGGAUAGUUUGCGAAAGGCUAGAGGUGUUGAGAACAUAUUGCUGAUAUUCAGCCAUGAUUACUGGUCCCCCGAGAUAAAUAAAGUGGUGGCCUCUGUUGACUUUUGUCAAGUCCUUCAAAUUUUCUUCCCCUUCAGCAUUCAGCUCUACCCCCAAGAGUUCCCUGGGAAUGACCCCAGAGACUGCCCCAGAGAUAUUCCCAAAAAAGACGCCUUAAAGCUUGGGUGCAUCAAUGCAGAGUACCCAGACUCAUUCGGCCACUACCGGGAGGCCAAGUUCUCCCAAACCAAGCACCACUGGUGGUGGAAGCUGCACUUCGUCUGGGACAGAGUCCGAGCUCUCAAAGACCACCAGGGUCUGGUUCUACUGAUAGAGGAAGACCACUAUCUGUCACCAGACUUCAUCCACCUUUUAAGGCUGAUGAAAACUCUCAAAAGAGAUCAUUGCACUGACUGUGACAUCCUCUCACUGGGGAGCUACAGCCACAUCAGCUACUCUAGCAAGGCAAACAAGGUGGAGGUGAAACCCUGGAAGUCGACGGAACACAACAUGGGAAUGGCUCUGAGCAGAGAGACUUACCAGAAACUCCUCCAAUGCACUGACACGUUCUGCACUUAUGAUGACUACAACUGGGACUGGUCCCUGCAGUACCUGACCGUGGCCUGUUUGCCCUCUUACUGGAAGGUCAUGGUGAGCGAGGCGCCCAGGAUUUUUCAUGCAGGGGACUGCGGUAUGCACCACAAGAAGGCCUCCUGCAUGCCUGUCAGCCAGAAAACAAAGAUCGAAAACAUCCUACAGAGCAGUGGGAACCAGCUGUUCCCGAAAACCCUCCUGAUCACAAAGAGACUGCCGGCUAAUGGCGCUGGAGGAGUGGCCCCACAUGUUAAAAACGGGGGCUGGGGAGAUAUCAGGGAUCAUGAACUCUGCAAGAGUUAUGUUCGAUUACAGUGACCUUAAUUGCUAAUGUUAUGUAUUCUUUUUCUCUUUUGCAUCCUAUAUAUAAAAAAGUAAAUCUUUAUGGACUAUUCUCCAUAUUGCCUGUUUUCUUGGACUGUUUUCUUGGAUUGUUCAAAAUAAAAAGGAAUGUUGAA